AAAGGCUAUUAUUACCACCACUGAGUGGCUUAGAUAAUCCUGUCAGCAGCAACCGCCCAUUUCCAAAGCCAUGGUGAAACAUCUCCGUGCCAAUUUCUUUUGUUUCGUUUCCUAAUUUUUUUUUUUUUUUUGCAGGGGGUGGGAAAUAAUCUUUGUCUUCUUUGGAGUAAACCUUCAACACCGGAUUUUUUCUUUUAAAAUUGAUGUAAACCCCAAUAUCCCCAUAAUUUAUAUUGGGUCUCGACCAAUUGCCUAAUUAUAAGAGGAUACAUUUAGGCUCUUAUUUCAUCCAUACAAAAACUUGUCUAACAGGUAGUUGGAAACAUCGAGGCACCACUUUGAUUCUGUUUUGGAAUCAUGUUUUUUCUUCUCCGUUUCCCCAGCAUGUCUGCCACCAUCCUCCUGCACUGCUUCCACGUGCCUGGGAGCCUUUAUGAGUGUCCCUAAACCUAAAAGAAUCCAGAGGCGGGGCUCGGAUGAACUCUCGAGAUAAGCAAGUGAGCCGCUUCUCCCCUCUAAAGGAUGUUUACACGUGGGCGGCACUCGCGGGAAUCCGGCGCUUGGCUGCGUGGAGGAUGGAGAGCAACACAUCAUCAUCUUUGGAGAAUUUAGCGACGGCACCUGUGAACCAGAUCCAAGAAACAAUUUCUGAUAAUUGUGUGGUGAUUUUCUCAAAAACAUCCUGUUCUUACUGUACAAUGGCAAAAAAGCUUUUCCGUGACAUGAAUGUUAACUAUAAAGUGGUGGAAUUGGACCUGCUUGAAUAUGGAAACCAGUUCCAAGAUGCUCUUUACAAAAUGACUGGUGAAAGAACUGUUCCAAGAAUAUUUGUCAAUGGUACUUUUAUUGGAGGUGCAACUGACACUCAUAGGCUUCACAAAGAAGGAAAAUUGCUCCCACUAGUUCAUCAGUGUUAUUUAAAAAAAAGUAAGAGGAAAGAAUUUCAGUGAUGUUUAUACUAACAAGUUUGCUAGUACAAUGUCAGUUAUUUAAAGUGAUAAUGCCCGAUAAUGUCUUUUAAAUGUUUGAGGAUGUUUUAAAUACAUGCAAUGUCUUCACGAAGAAGAUGUAAAAAUAAUGAACAAUAAAUUGCAGUGGAAACUUC